UUGGCUUCCCCCUCCCCGAGUCUGCAGCCGCGUCUCCAGGGGCAACAGCAAUGGCGGCCCCCUUGUCCGAGCGGCUCUUCUCGCUGGAGCUGCUCGUAGACUGGGUGCGUCUUGAAGCCGGGCUGCAACCGCCGCCGCCCGUGGUCGCGGUGGAGGAGGAGCAAGAGGAGGCCGAAGAGGAGGAGGAGGAGGCAUCGCCCCCACGGCUGUCGCGCGACUUGUGCCCCGCCGUGGCCUUCCGCCUGCUGGACUUUCCCACGCUGCUGGUUUACCCUCCUGAAGGCCCGGGAGCCCCAGCCCCGGAACCCCGGCCCGGCCUGGUCAGCUUCGGUCGCGGCAAGUCCUGUCUUUUCCGCCUGCACCCCGCCACCCUGUACCGCCUGCUCCUUCGGACCCCGCUUUACACCUUGCUACUGCAGCUGCCCCCUGGGCGUCCGACUCCCGCCCCGCAGCUCCUGGGUGCCUGUAGCAUCUCGCUGGCCGCCGCCGCCCACAAGGUCCUGGGACAGGCCGCCUCCGGCUGCUCCCAGGGUCAUCGAGGAAGUUUCCCUCUGCAUAACCAAGUUGGGGAGCGGAUUGGGGACAUUGCUCUGGGCUACCGCUUGACUGAUUUGGGAAGCAGCUUGUUGGGUCAUCUUGAGAGGCCAGUCAUUUCCACAAGAGGUGGGAUAGAGCGUGUAGAGGUCCGUUCCCAAACCCCGCAGGAAGAACAGCAACCAAACUCGGAGCCAAGAACAAGAGAUGCUGAUAGCUUUCUCAUGGGUUUAAAAAUCCCAAAGGCACAGAAGGAUUUGGAGGAAAAAGCUUUCCACAGUAAGACCAACUCUGGUAACACGGUUUCUGUGGGGCAUGGCAAAACCAACUCUAUUUGUUCAAAUCCUAGUGUGCGGAGCGUUAGCCCCCCAAAUCAGGAAGUCACAGAGUUAGACAUUGAAACCAACACAUUUUGCCCUCCUCCUCUGUAUUACACUCAUUUGACCCAAGAAAAGAUGCCUCCUGUACAGGGUACAAUCACCAUUAAGCCUCAAAUAAAUGUACCUGAGGAAUUGGAUGGUAUUUUUCUGGAGGAAAAUCGUGCAGCUGCCCCAACACAUACUGAUUCUCUGAAACAUAAUUCUGGGACACACGAGAGUCCUCCAAUGCUCAUAAAUCCUCCGUAUGUUCAGGAUGUAGGAGCAAGUGAUCAAACCACGGAUCAUGCUCGUACUGAACGAGAUAGAAUUACUACAAUAAGGCAGCUGCCUUUGUUAAAUGCUCUGUUGGUUGAGUUGUCUGUGUUAUACAACCAACCUGUGGCAAGCCCUACUCAAAUACAUCCUCACUUAGCCUGGUUAUAUAGAACUGAGGAUAAGAAGUCACCAGAAUCUUCUGCCAAAUGCACAUGUAAAUCUGAAUCUAAGGAUAAGCUUUCUAUGGGGGGAAAUGAAAAGUCAGUGAAUCUUCAGUAUAAAAAGAACCAAGUUGAAAAUCUCAAAAAAGGUAAACAUUUUGAAAAGAACAGUAGUAACCCUCCCAAAAGAGUUCCGAGGGGGAAGCUGCUUUACGGUUUAACAAAUACACUUAAACUACGUUUAAAGCAGACAAAUCCUGGUAUGUUGGUAAUACAUGAAAAAAGAGAGCAGUAUAGAAAAAUGCAAGCACAAAUGUUGGGUACAAACUUAAGAAUUCCAUCAUCCAAAGUUAAAGUAUUAAGCUUUGCAGAACAACAUCGGAAGCCACAUCAACUGCCUAAAGAUAAGUGUUUGGAAUUAGAUGCAUCUUUUGCUGAAAACAGUGAUACCUCAAAGCAAAUCAGUGGAGUUUUUGAUGACCCUAAGACAGCUAACGAAACUAAACUGAAAUGUGCAACUGAAAAAACUGUAGACUAUGGUGAACAUAGAACAAAUAAUGGUUUAUUGGAAGAAAUUGUGAGUCCUGCAAAUUCCAUUGGCCCAGAAGGGUUUACUCAUGCAAGUAUUUUGGAAGGAAAAAUGGAAAUGAAAGUCCAAAGUCCAUGUGUUUUCCAGCAAGUUGCAGUUGUUGACAGAAUUGCUGUAGAUAAAGAAAUAGAUGAUAAACAGGUCAAACCCACUGAUGAUAUUCUUACUGAUGAAAUCAGUGAAAACAAACCAAGUAGAAAUAAUUGCUCUGAAAGCAUCUCAGAACUAAAGUAUUCAGAUGACUUUAACAGCCUUUGCUCUUCUGAAGAUUUCUGUACCACUGAGGAUAGUAGCAAAAUUUUACAAGCUCAUGAUAGCAGUCCAGGGGCAGAAAAUACAAAACAUAAUCAAUACACAAGUAAGUCUAGUGAAACAAUACUGUCCAUAAGAAAAAACAGCAGUGAAAAGAGUUCUAUUCUUAGCCCACCUUUUUCAGCUGGAUCACCAGUAUACUCAUAUAAAAGAUCUCAUAUUUCAAAGAUUCAAGAUACAAGUUUAGAGGAAGUGUCUAGUAUAUCUACCAGUGAUUUAUCUUCAUCACAUUGGACUGAGGAAAAAGAAAACCAGAUAGAUCGAAACAGUAUGCAUAAUUCUAAAGUUAUAAAGAGGGGUCAGGACAUCUCUAUUAAACUUAAAACAAGAACUGGUUGCAAGUCUUCAGAAAAAAGCCAGUCACCUCGGACAUCUCAAGUGAGUUCUUAUCUGCCAUCUAAUUUGUCAGAGCUAGAACUUAAUGUCCUGGAUAGCAGUACACCAGAUCACUUGGCCGAAGAUGAUGAAUUUCCUUCCCUAAAUAUUUCCAAGCAAUGCAAAGAUAUUUGCGAAUUAGUGAUAAAUAAACUUCCAGGAUAUACAGUGUAAAAAUAUGUGCUUUUAAAAAACAUUUCAUUUUUUAUAACCUAUGUGUACUGUUAGUGAAACAAUUUUUAUAAUUCUGUACAUUAUUUUAGUACAUAAAUUACAUGAGUAAUUCUUUUUAAGAAGUAUGUUAUUUUGAUGUCUAGAUAGUAUUUAUUAAGUUGAACAACAUUAAUCAUGAAAUCACCUUAUAAUCUUGGUAAGAUUUAAGUUGUUUAAUCUUAAAAGAAUAAAAGUGUCUUUCUGAAUUAUCUCAAAGUAUCUAUCUGAAAGCGUCAGUCAUCCUAAAGCAGACUUCAGGCACACCAGUACAAAAAGGCUAGUUAAUAAGGAUAACCUCAGAUUUUAAUGGGAAUAAGUCAUUUAACAAAUAUGAAAGAACUCACUGUGUGAGAUGCAGAAAGGUACAAAAAUAUUUAAGGUAUAGCCCCUGUAGGUAGAGCUUACUGUUUUAUAUAGUCAUGAAUUCUUUUUUUUUUUUUUUUUAAAGAUUUUAUUUAUUUAUUCGACAGAGAUAGAGACAGCCAGUGAGAGAGGGAACACAAGCAGGGGGAGUGGGAGAGGAAGAAGCAGGUUCAUAGCAGAGGAGCCUGAUGUGGGGCUCGAUCCCAGAACGCUGGGAUCACGCCCAGAGCCGAAGGCAGUUGCUUAACCGCUGUGCCACCCAGGCGCCCCAUAUAUAUUCAUGAAUUCUUUAGCAAAGUCUUGGAUACAUACACAUCCCAUAUCCCCAAUAGGUGAAGUCCUUUUUAUAUGCUGUCA